UAUGUGCUAAAGGUUUCCCCCCCACCCUACUAUAUAUAAUAUAUACCAACCAAUACAGUGGCUCUGCAUACCACUGUACAUGCCGCAUGUUGUUUUGUGUUGUGUGUGAAAGUACUAGUUUAGAUAUCUGAAGAUGAAAACUUCCCACAAAAUGAAAAAAGGAAAUAUGUUUGAGUUUUCAGUGACGUGUUUUGUGUUUUUGUAUUCACUUCAUGUAUAUGGGUUUAACUUAGAUGAGGAAGUAGUUCAAAGAGAUUUCUCAGGUUUCGGUGUGAGACAAUCGUCCAUUUAUUUCGGCUACACCGUUUCUCUACUUAGCACAAGCAACCAUGCACAGGAGUUGUUCGUCGGCUCUCCCUUUGAUAAAAUACAAACCAUUAAUGAUAAACAACUUGCUUAUCGUGAAAGGUCGACCGGGAAUCUCUACAGAUGCGGUGAUUUAAAUCUUGAUAACGGAGUCACUUUUGUUCAUCGAAAGAAUUGUUCCAUCGUAUCCACCUCCCAAGAAACAUCUGUUGCUGGGAAUCCACUUCAAGCACUCACUAUGUCGAUGGUGGGGGCGAGUUGGGACGAAGGUCAAAGUAAUCUCGUUGUUUGCAAUAAUAUGUGGACAAGGAACUGUAAAGAUGCCUACAAGACAGAAGGGGUUUGUUACGUCACAAAUACAACUUCGGAGCUCAACGUCCUUAAUCGACCAAAAUGGAAACAAUUAUCGCCAUGUAAACGAGAAUGUUACAGGAAAAUGAUCGACUUUAUGUUUGUGGUUGAUGGCUCCCGCUCUGUCGGGAACGAAAGUUUUGAAGUCGUCAAACAUUGGAUACAACAAGUGACAAGUGGAUUUGAUAUUUCAAGCUCGGUGCAAGUCGGAGUUGUUCAAUAUUCCACUUACCAAUACCGGAAAGUUGUCCAACCUUUUAUAAAAACGGAAAUCCGUUUGGGCGAAUACAAAGACCACAUAUUGUUUGAUGCAGCUGUGGAUAAAAUAAAAUACCACGAUCGGAGUACGUUCACUGCUUAUGCUAUAAGGAAAACUGUCAACGAAGAUUUCAAAGGAAACAUGAGCAGGUAUCCUGAUUCCCGACGAGUUAUGGUUCUCCUUACAGACGGACAGAGUACUGACAAAGAAGACUUGUCGUCUGCUGCAGCAGAAGCCAAGCAAGAAGGAGUGGAAACUUUUGCUGUGGGGGUUGGGUCUAAGAUUAUCCUAAGUGAACUUGUCUUGAUAGCUGGUUCACCAGAUAAAGUUAUUACUGUCAAUGACUUUAAUGAAUUGCUAGGAAUAGUGAACCAACUACAAGGAGAUAUACAAUUACUAGACGGUACAUCAAACAAUGAAACCAACAACGAUCUCACACAAUGUCAAGCUGGUACAUCAUCAACAUUAAGUAAAAAUGAAGUUUCGUCAUUUCCUCUUCUAUUCAAACUUUCUCUCCGGCGUUUGGUAAACGAUGGUUUCAAACCUGAAAAUCAAAUUCAUAUUUUCCACAGGGAUAACUUGCAUUGCUGUUUUGUAGCAAGGUCAGUAAUGGGCAGAAGGUUGUUAUUAUGGCCAGCGUUUGGUUUCGUGUGUGAAGUAUUGUUAGUAGUUAGUGGAUUUAACAUUGAAGCGAGUGGUAAAACUGACCAUCGUUUUACGCGAGCAAUUGAAGCCAAUACAUUUGGUGAGACUCAUCAAAGUUUUAAAGGAACUUCAUAUUUCGGUUACCAGUUGUUUCUGCAAGUAAUUAACGACGGAACAGAAGACACGAUACAGUUAGCUGCAGGUGCCCCAACAGAAGAGGUCAAAACUUACAAAGACACAGACAAGGAAGAUGGAACUGCAAUAAUCGAACCAAUACCGUCACUAAGAGCUGCUCUGACAUCAACUUCGGCCAUGGGCGCGCUAUAUUACUGUGAAAACAUGCAGAAAAACUUUAAGAAUAUUUCUGGUACGCGUUAUCACAACUGUAGUAUGCGUGCGGGUGUUCAACGAGAUCUAAGCGGGUUUGAAAUCAGUGAUAGGGAUGCCUUGGGCAUUUCGCUUACACAUGAACCAUUUUACUCACCGGAUGGUUAUUCCCUCGAAACCAAGAAUACACUUGUUACUUGUGCCCACUUGCGUAUCCACGACUGUGGUGCUGCAUACAAAGCUGAAGGUGCUUGUUAUGUUUCGGAAUCAACUCCUGGUCGUGGCGAUUCAAACAUGAUCACUAAGUGGCACAAGAGGGUCCCAUGCAGAGACAGUUGUUUUGAACGAGACAUAGAUCUAAUGUUUGUCGUCGAUGGUUCUUACUCGGUCGGAAACGAAAGUUUUGACAAAGUAAAAGUCUGGAUUAAAGAAGUGACAAACGGUUUUGAAAUCAAACAGCAAGUGCAAGUUGGAGUGGUCCAAUACUCUUAUUUUUAUCCGAAUCGUGAGGAUCAGCCGUACAUGAAAACUGAAAUAAGUUUGGGUCAAUUUAAAAACAAAACUCUCUUCGACCAAGCCGUGGACGCAAUUUACUACCAGCAAUACACAACGUACACAGCUCACGCUAUAAACAAAACAGUUAAAGAAGAUUUCAAUUCGGGCACGAGCCGUUACCCCAGUGCUCGAAGAGUAAUGAUUCUGCUAACAGACGGAAACGCAGACGAUGCCACGCAGCUUCCUGGAGCUACAGCAUAUGCAGAAGCACAAGGUGUUGAAUCGUUUGCUGUGGGUGUUGGACAAUAUAAGUUAAAACAACUUGAGUUAAUUGCUGGUUCAAAGGAUCGAAUCAUUACAGUUGAUAAUUUUGAUGACCUAUCCAGUGUGGUGUCUCAGUUACAACGUGGGAUUCAAAUUAUGGAAGGUUCGACGGCUCCAGGUGUUACUAACGAGUUAAUGCAAUGCCAAGCCGGUUUUUCCACAAGUUUUGAUAAGUCAGGUCGUUUGAUACUUGGUGCACCAGGUGCGUACGACUGGGCAGGAACCAUCACCAAGUACGACUCUGCAUCAGACACAACAGCGGAUAUUCCAACAUUCACUCAAGUACAAGGUGUCUUACCAAACCGAACGAAGGAAUCUUAUUUAGGAUAUUCUGUGUCUACUGGUUUGUACGAUGGCAGCGGCAAACAGUUUGUGGCAAGUGGUGCACCCCGAUAUAUGUUGGAAGGAGGGGUUGUUUUGUAUGAACCACAAGUCGGCAGCAGCAACUUUACCAACUCUCAAACUAUUCAAGCAUACGGUAGCUACAAACAACUUGGAAGUUAUUUUGGCGCAACAUUGCUCUCUGCUGACAUCAAUGGUGAUGGAAAAGAUGAUUUACUUGUUGGGGCUCCUCUAUAUAUCGGUGAUAAUUAUGAUGAAGGAAGAGUCUUUGUUUAUCUCUCUCAAGCUUCAAACUCCAUACAGGCUUGGGCAAGUCCAGGGUUCGUACCAAAAGUAUUUUCCGGAAUGAAAGACGUGGGUGGUCGAUUCGGUUCAGCGAUUUCAUCGGCAGGAGAUCUUAAUAAUGAUGGUUUUAAAGAUGUCAUAAUUGGUGCACCACUCGCGGACAAUGGAGCAGGGGUUGUGUAUGUUUACCACGGAAGUAGUGACUUCGGCACAGCUAACAGUCUCCAAUACAAACAGAGAAUUGCAGCCACUGCAUUGUCUGGAACAAAUCUUCAAUACUUUGGUCAAUCUCUUCAAGGUGGUGUAGAUUUAGAUGGAAACCGUUACCCUGAUGUUGCAGUGGGGGCUCCAAGAAGUGACACUGUUGUCAUAUUUAGAACACGACCGGUUGCCAAGUUUAAUACAACACUUACCUUCAACAAGUUGAAUGUUCCGAUAUUUGAAUGUUUUCGGAGAGAAUUUCGUGACUGCUUGCAACUUCGUGCAUGUAUUGGACUUUCUGGAAAAGGACUUGAAAAAAGCAUAAAAACUCUCUUCUCUGUUGUAUUGGACAGUUCAGUCACUAAAAAGAGAGUGGAAUUCAGAAAUCAGGCCAACCAAACUGCUAAUGGUUACACAAGUCGAGAUAUUGUUUUGAACAUUACUACUCCUGCUGCCCCUGUCUGUUUUAAUUAUCCUGUCUAUGUUAAAACAAGCAUUGAAGAUUAUUCUGAACCUAUAGUUGCUACAAUGACUUAUUCAUUAUCAAGCAGCCAUCUGGCAGUUCCUCUUUCUUCAAUAAGUGACCCGUUUAUCCCAAAAGUCAAAACUGCAUCGACAAGUUUUGAAACCGAUUGUGGAGUUGAUCAAACCUGUUCAUAUGAUUUGUCCAUUGCUGGAACGCAAUAUAUUAUUCCUAGACCAACCCCUGACUUAAGCAAUGGAGGAACUACCUUGGUUAUAUCGCGUGGUUCAGACACACAACGGAUAGUUGCCAAGCUUAACCUUACAAAUACCGGUGAACCUGCCUUUGACCCUCAAGUUACUCUUAGUUUUACAUCAGCACUUGGAUGGGGAGGGACUCAGAAUGUACAAAGUUCCAAUCCAGACUACGUUCAAUGUAUUCAAAGUCAAGACCCAACAACAGUUGGUUCAACCAAGUCAGUUGUGUUAAGUUACAAAUAUAAUGCAUUCCUUGGAAGUAUUAUGCAAAGAGGACAGUGGUGUUAUUUUGAGUUGAAGCUUUCAUACAAUCAACUGACUAACAUUGGAAAUAUUCCCCGGGUUUUAGUCAAUAUACUAGCUGAUACAAAGAAAUUUGGUUUAAGCAAUGAUACAAAUCCAUCUGACAACAGUUUUCAAUCAACCACACCAGUCAUCUAUGUUGCAGCAGCCGAUGUUACCAGCCAAGUUAAUCUUCAAAACAUUCCAUUCAACUUCACCGAUACAAAUGUAACUAUUACAUCAGUUGAAGAAAUUGCUGAUCGAGAUAUUCCCAUUGAUUUUGAGAUCAAAGGAAAGGGACAUGCAGUUGUUCCUGAAUCGACUAUAACCCUCCACUACCCCAACAAAAUAGGAGAUCUCAUGCAUUUGUUUUAUCUGUACAAAGUAGAUUGUCUUACAACUGGGGGCAAUGCUCGAUGUGUGUGCGAUACUUCAAUAGUCAACCCAUACCAACUCUCACUUGACCCACCCAAUGUUAACAUCACCACUCCUAAUGUUACCAUACUACCUAAUCCAGAUAAUUUGAGUGCUGGCACUUACGACUGCAGUGGUCCAUCACUACCAGGUUAUUGUCAAAGUUUGAAAUGCAACAUUUCCAACCUUGCUCAAGAUGAUGUCGUGAAAUUUUCAGCGAAAUUUAAACUUUGGUCAAAAACUUUAAGGCAACAGAACAAGACGCAGAUUGACUUUGUAACAACGUUUCUGUUCAGUGCAAACAAAUCAGCUUACCUUGUCGAUGCACAAGGAAACCCACUGACGGAUAUUAUUCAAACUAUCACCACACCAGCCAACCAUUGGAAGGCACCUGAAUUUGUUACAACAACUGAUUAUCUAUGGGUUUAUAUUCUUGCUGCUAUUGGUGGCUUGUUGUUGUUACUUCUUAUUAUUGGAAUUAUGUACAAGACUGGAUUCUUCAAGAGUAAAUAUGCGGAGAUGAAACAAGAAGCCUUGGAAUGGAACGAGGCAAACCCGAACGGCAAUGUUGAGGAGCAUAUGGCUGCAGAUUGACCAGAAUGAUGUUUUAUUACAUUUCUAGCACGCUAAUACACCGCGAGGGAUUGUCUUUUGCCUCCUGCGUUGACGGCUUCGAUUUAUAUUAACCUUGAUUUUUUAUUUUGCUGUAUACUGUUCGUUGUAUAUACUUUGUUUCAAACGUAAAUUUUGCAGUCAUUUUUGUAAUUUUUCAGAAGAAUUAAAAAUAUUCCACAAAUAACGCACACACAGUAUAUAACUAACGGUGUACACUGUGUUUUGUUAAAUUGUGCAAUUAGAGUCUCGUGCGUGCCUACCAUAAAGUACCAAAACAUGGUCACGCACAUUACUUCUUCAACAAUGUUAUUGAAGUUGCUUGGUGGAAAUAUAAUACAUUAGAUGCAAACAAA